AUGACAGAUUUUUUAUAAAACUUUCUCAUAGGAGGGGUUUCAGCUGCAUGUUCAAAAACGGCCUUUGCACCAUUUGAGAGAGUUAAGCUACUACUUUAAACCUAAGAUGCCAUUUAAAAGGUGUAAAAUGGAUAAACAAAGAGAUAUAAUGGAAUCCUCGAUUGUUUCUCACGAAUAUCUAAAGAAGAGGUUAUUUAAAUGAUAAACUACUCAGGGACUAUCUGCGUUUUGGAGAGGAAACUUCGCAAACAUCAUUAGAUUUUUCCCUGCUCAAGCUUUAAGCUUUGCUCUAAAGGAUACAUACAAAUAUAUGUUUAACCAAUACGGUUUAUAAAAUAUAAUAUCUUUAAGAUCAAAAGAAAUAACCAAUUCGAUUUUUUAUUAGUAACAUCGCUGCAGGAAGCGCAGCUGGCGCCACUUCUUUGCUAUUAGUCUAUCCUUUAGAUUUUGCAAGAACAAGAUUGGCAGUAGAUAUUGGUAAGUAAGCUGACAGGUAAUUCACUGGUUUAACGGAUUGUUUGACUAAGAUUUAUAGGUUGGAUGGUUUUAUCGGAUUGUAUAGAGGUUUCGGAGUUACAGUUUUUGGUGUGAUGGUAUACAGAGCAAUAUAUUUUGGAGCUUAUGACACAGCCCUAAAGAUGUUUAAUCACUAAAAUCAUAUAUUUUAUCUAUUUCUUUUAGCUUAAUUUGUAGCAUGCACUGCUAGUAUCUUAUCGUAUCCCUUGGAUACAAUAAGAAGAAGGAUGAUGAUGCAAUCAGGUAAAUCUUUAAUAAUUAUCAAUUAAUAGGAAGAGUUGAUGUUCUUUAUGGAAAUAGUUUUGAUUGUUGUUUUAAAAUUAUUAAAAAUGAAGGAAUGAGAGGAUUUUUUAAAGGAUUUCUUUUAGAGUUCUCUUCUAAGUUAGGAUUCUCAUUAAUGCUAGCAUUUUAUUCUAGUAUAUAAUCGCAUACUAACUUGAAUUGAAUUGAAUCGAAAAUUAAUAUGAAUAGAUAAAUACAUUAUUAUUGCAUAUAUUUUAUUUCAUUAUUUUAAAAAAUAUUAUAUUGAUAUUUAGAACACAAUAUUUAUUUAAAUUCUCUGCUUCUCUUCUGAAAAGACUCCAAAUGGAGUUAUUAUAAGUCAGGAUGAUUUUGAGUCCAAGAAAAAUCGAUUGUUUACUUUCAGAGAGAUAAUUAAAGAAGGUUUAAAGGAGUUAAAAGUGAAGAUUUAUUUAAAUGAAUAAAUAAAUAAAUAUAUUAUGAAUUAAGAUAUUUAGACAUAAGACCAAUUGAUAGAGUACUUAACUUCGAUUGAUUAGUAACAUUUAAUCACCUAUAUUCAUAAUUAUACUCAAUAAUAGAUUACAGAAUUCAUUGACCAAAUAAAUCAACUCAAUAGGAAUUAUCCAGGAGGAAUCAAAGAGUAUGCAAAUAGAGCAAGAAAAGUAUGAAUUGAUAUAUAUAUUUAGUUAUUGCUUGAUGCUUCUGAAGAUGUCAAUCCAUUUGCUGAAUAUACUGCUCAUGUACCAUAAGGACAGAAUGUAGAUAUUUAUUCUGAAGAAUAUUGCCGAUUGGAAUAAUUGGGAGUGGAAGAAAUUAAGGAUACAUGUUUUGUAUUAGUGGCUGGUGGUUUAGGUGAGAGAUUGGGUUAUGAUGGAAUUAAAGUAGCUUUGCCAAUAGAAUUAGUUACUAAUACAACUUACUUAGAAUAUUAUUGUUAAUUUAUACUGAAUUUAUAAAAAAAACAUGGGAACAAAUUAUUACCCUUUGCAAUAAUGACAUCAGAUGAUACUCACAAAUUAACUUUGUAGUUAUUGGAAAAUAACUUAUAUUUCGGAUUAUAAAAGGAAUAAGUCACUCUCAUAAAAUAAGAAAAAGUGCNAAUGUAAGCUUCUGCUAAUACAUAUUAAAAUUUCAAGGUUUAAUCCAACGAAUUCAAUAAUAAAUUAUAAAUUUUUUAAUUUAUCCAAUAUAGGAAUAAAUUACCUCAUAAAUUCUAAGAAACAAUCAACUACUUCGUAAUUUAUAAAAUUCUUUAUGAUUGCAUCUAUGAAACUAUAUUUUUAAACAAAAUGAGAAUACAUGAUUGGAUUUGUAAUAAUGGAAUUUAUGUUGAUAGUUUUUAUCAAAUUAUUCAGUUUUAAUGA